GCUGCCGCCCGCGGGCUCGACAGUGCAGCGGCGAUGCCCCGGAGCUGGACCUCAGCCCCGGUCCCCGGUCCGCCGCGCAAUUAGCCCCCACGCGCGCGCGCCGCCGAUAACGCCUCGCCCCAAAGCAGAGAUGGGCAACACUGUACACAGGACCUUGCCAGAUUCUAGCCCACCUGCACGGCUCCUGGCCACCCGGCCAUGCUGCGGCCCUGGCCCUGAGCGGCGCCCAGUCCUAGGCGAGGCGCCACGCUUCCACGCGCAGGCCAAAGGCAAGAACGUGAGGCUGGACGGGCACUCGCGCCGGGCAACGCGACGCAACAGCUUCUGCAACGGCGUCACUUUCACACAGCGGCCCAUCCGGCUGUACGAGCAGGUGCGGCUGCGCCUGGUGGCCGUGCGUCCAGGCUGGAGUGGCGCACUGCGCUUCGGCUUCACGGCACAUGACCCAUCGCUCAUGAGCGCCCACGACAUCCCCAAGUAUGCCUGCCCUGAUCUUGUCACGAGGCCCGGCUACUGGGCCAAGGCGCUGCCAGAGAGCCUGGCGCUACGUGACACCGUGCUGGCCUACUGGGCCGACCGCCACGGCCGCGUCUUCUACAGCGUCAACGACGGUGAGCCCGUUCUCUUCCACUGCGGCGUGGCCGUGGGUGGACCGCUCUGGGCGCUCAUCGAUGUCUACGGCAUCACUGAUGAGGUGCAGCUCCUCGAGAGCGCCUUUGCAGACACACUGACACCAGCGCGCCUCAGCCAGGCCCGCUUCAGCGCCUGCCUGCCACCCAGCAGCCAUGACGCGGCCAACUUUGACAACAACGAACUCGAGAACAACCAGGUGGUGGCCAAGCUGGGACACCUGGCGCUGGGCCGCGCCCCAGUCCCACUGCCUGUCGACGCCGCGGCCGCCGCUAUCCCGUGUGGGCCCCGCGACCGUCCGCGGCCCGCGUCAUCACCAGCACUACUCGAGGCCGACCUGCGCUUCCACGCGACGCGCGGGCCCGACGUGAGCCUGUCUGCCGACCGCAAACUUGCCUGUGCACCACGACCCGACGGCGGCCGCACCCUUGUCUUCUCCGAGCGUCCGCUGCGGCCUGGCGAGAGCCUCUUCGUGGAGGUGGGCCGCCCGGGGCUUGCAGCACCCGGCACACUGGCCUUCGGCAUCACAUCAUGCGACCCAGGUGCGCUCCGGCCCACUGAGCUGCCCGCUGAUCCCGACGCGCUGCUCGACCGCAAGGAAUACUGGGUGGUGGCGCGCGCCGGGCCAGUGCCCAGCGGGGGCGAUUCACUCAGCUUCACACUGCAGCCUGGUGGCGACGUGCUCCUGGGCAUCAACGGGCGCCCACGCGGGCGCCUGCUGUGCGUGGACACCACGCAAGCGCUCUGGGCCUUCUUCGCUGUUCGAGGCGGUGCUGCAGGCCAGUUGCGCCUUCUUGGAACCCUGCAGUCCAGCCCUGCGACCACAUCUCCGUCAGGCUCUCUCAGUGGUUCCCAGGACGAUAGUGAUUCCGAUAUGGCCUUCAGUGUCAACCAGUCCUCCUCGGCAUCUGAGUCAUCUCUGGUGACAGCCCCUAGCUCCCCGCUGAGCCCCCCAGUGUCACCAGUGUUUCCCUCUCCGGAGCCAGCAGGCAGCAAGAACAGUGAGUGUACAGUCUGCUUCGAUGGCGACGUGGACACGGUCAUCUACACAUGUGGACACAUGUGUCUGUGCCACAGCUGUGGCCUACGGCUCAAGAGGCAGGCUAGGGCCUGCUGCCCCAUCUGCCGGAGGCCCAUCAAGGACGUCAUUAAGAUCUACAGGCCGUAG